UGCCCGGUCGCAUUUGUUGUCGAGUCUGGCUCGGGGCAGCCGCGCCGCGCGGAGCUCCGGAGAGCCCGGCAGGGCAGCCGCGCAGCCACGACGGAGCAGCCGCGAGACUGGCCGCCCCGCGCCCCCUUGGCCGCCGUGCCCUUCCCCGGCGCGCUCACUCCCUUCUUGGGAUGGGAUUGUAGCGGCGGCGCGGACUCGGCGGGGAUCGCGGCGGAGGCGGCGGCGGCGGCGGCCGAGCAGGGCUCCAUGUUUUCCCCUGGCCAGGAGGAGCUCUGCGCCCCCAACAAGGAGCCGGUGAAAUACGGGGAGCUGGUGGUGCUGGGGUACAAUGGUGCUUUACCUAAUGGAGACCGAGGCCGGAGGAAAAGCCGAUUUGCUCUCUACAAGCGGCCGAAGGCGAAUGGAGUCAAACCCAGCACGGUCCACGUGAUAUCCACGCCGCAGGCAUCCAAGGCUAUCAGCUGCAAAGGUCAACACAGCAUAUCGUACACUCUGUCAAGGAAUCAGACUGUGGUGGUCGAGUACACACAUGACAAAGAUACGGAUAUGUUUCAGGUGGGCAGAUCAACAGAAAGCCCUAUUGACUUCGUCGUUACAGACACGAUUUCUGGCAGUCAGAGCAACGAGGAGACGCAAAUUACGCAGAGCACCAUAUCCAGGUUCGCCUGCAGGAUAGUCUGUGACAGGAGUGAGCCCUACACAGCACGGAUAUUCGCAGCUGGAUUCGACUCUUCCAAAAACAUAUUUCUUGGAGAAAAGGCGGCAAAGUGGAAAAACCCUGACGGCCACAUGGAUGGGCUCACGACCAAUGGCGUUUUGGUGAUGCAUCCGAGAGGGGGCUUCACUGAGGAGUCCCAGCCCGGGGUCUGGCGUGAGAUCUCCGUCUGUGGAGACGUGUACACCUUGCGAGAGACCAGGUCUGCGCAGCAAAGGGGAAAGCUGGUGGAAAGUGAGACCAACGUCCUGCAGGAUGGCUCCCUCAUCGACCUGUGCGGGGCCACCCUGCUCUGGAGGACGGCAGAUGGCCUCUUUCACACCCCGACCCAGAAGCACAUCGAAGCCCUGCGGCAGGAGAUCAACGCCGCCCGGCCGCAGUGUCCCGUGGGGCUCAACACCUUGGCCUUCCCCAGCAUCAACAGGAAGGAGGUGGUGGAGGAGAAGCAGCCCUGGGCAUACCUCAGCUGCGGGCACGUGCACGGCUACCACAACUGGGGCCAUCGGAGCGACACGGAGGCCAACGAGAGGGAGUGUCCCAUGUGCAGGACUGUGGGCCCCUACGUGCCUCUCUGGCUCGGCUGCGAGGCGGGCUUUUAUGUAGACGCAGGACCGCCCACUCAUGCUUUCACCCCUUGCGGACACGUGUGCUCAGAGAAGUCUGCAAAAUAUUGGUCUCAGAUCCCACUGCCUCACGGAACUCACGCAUUUCAUGCUGCCUGUCCUUUCUGUGCCACGCAGCUGCUUGGGGAACAGAACUGCAUCAAAUUGAUUUUCCAGGGUCCAGUUGACUGAUGCCCUCGACAGCCAUUGACGACUCUAUUAACAAGUUACUGUGAAGAUUUUUGCCACUAACUCUAGAUUUUACCUUUUUAUAAUGCCGUUUAUUAAGGGGAGCGGGGUCCUGAGGCUGGGAAAAAAAGAGUGGCACGGUGAUGAAACAUGCCAGGCAUUGACGAUAACAGUGGUGUGUUGCAUGCUCAAAACAGCGGCGUCGGCAUUGAAGUCUGCUUGAUUAAACCAUAAUCUUUGUAACAAUUGGAUUUAAAAUGCCAUGCUUUUAUUUUUCACCUUGGGGUUUUUAAAACAAGUUUUCUUUGUCAAACUUGGACAGGACUUUAAAUCCCAUUUUAAAACUGUAGAAGAAAUUCAUUCAAAAGUUGUUGCCUCUUAAUUGCAACCUUCGGUGCUGCGUGGUAUAGGUGUUAGACAUGCCGUAUCUGGAAAUACUUGAUACAGGUUAGACUCUGACCAGAUACCAAAGAGGCGGCUCUAUAAGAUGAUGUUGGGGGACAGGAGACCUUAGGCACAGGUGAUUGUUUUGAAAUCUGGGGCUUUUUUCUGAUUUUUUCUUUUGAGGGGAGGGAAUAUGUAGCUUUUUGUUUUUAACUUUGGUGGAAUUUAAUAACUUUAUACACAUUCAUCAAAUACCUUGGCAUUUCAAACAAACAGUUUUCCAUAACUUUUUAGUCUGCCUUUUGUUAUUUUUGGCCUAACAUGGUCCGUCCCUGUUACUCAUCUUGCAUGGCCAGAACUGUUUGGUUGAUUAAAAUGUAGCAACUCUUAAAAAUUCAUUAACUGAGGGGAAUUAUGGCAGCAGGGAACAUGGCCCAAGUAAUAUAAUAAAGUUUAUUUGCUUACUGAAUAAUUUAAGAGUGAUUAAAAAUAAGAUUUUACUUUUUGAAACCACUUGUGGUUUCCUAAGUUUUUGCUAAGAAAGCCAAAAUUUUGUGAACUUAAAAGCAACAUAUCAGAACUAUAGUCAGUUUCAUUCACUCCCUUUCUGCCAUCUGUCACCUUCCAUUGCAGCUUACAGAGCCCUAUAAGUUUUGAAAAUGUUUGCAAAUCAAACUAAAUUUAAAUGUGAUCAUUCACAACACCAAGUGGUACAUCUGCAAAGAGCAUUUGAAAUUCCUGAUUUCAAGAGAGCAAAUGAGUGUUUACUGAGGAAUAAUUAAAUCAGAAUUUCAUAUGAGCUCCACCAGCCCUGUUAGUUUCAUUUCAUUUUGAAUAGUAAUUCCUGGAUGUUCAUUCUCUGUGCUCCAUACCAGUGUGUCACCGUUCCUAUGAUGUAAAGAUCCUUCAGGACAUGUGCGACUGCCAGAGCUGGCUGGGAUGCAAUAGAUCUCUGCCAUACGGAGCAAGUAUGUUUAAAUUGACAUCCUCUUAAAUUUGUUGCAGAUUCAUGCUGCAUUUUUUUAAUCUUUAUAAAGAUAUAAUUUAUAUGAUUCUAAUAUACUGUAUUCCUAUUUGAAUUGGUUUUUCUAAGGUUUGCCUACUAGCAAAUAUUUUGCCUAUUUUCAGUUGUCUUAACCCAUUUUGAAAGCCCUUUUCCUUAACAUGAUAAGAUCUGUUAGUCUUGAUUGCUGCUGCUUAAGUUGACUUGAUAUAUAAAAAAUUCAGCAUCUCAGUUUUCAAAAAGCUUUACUUUUCAAUGGAGAUUAUUGUUUUGGUGAUUUUUAAGUGCUGUGAAAAUUCAACCACAGUCCUCUUAUUGAUAGCUUACUCUAUUCUGUAUAGCUUGCUCGACCUGCAGACAGAGAAUGAAAGAAAAAAAAUGAAGUUGUCCAGAAUAUAUCGAACACCUUUUGAUGUAGCCGGAGUCUCCCAUGAUUAGCUUUUACUGAUGGAAUAUGUCUUUUCAGUUUGUGCCACUUUAGGCUCCACAAAAUGAUAUAGGAAGCACAUACUCCCUUUUCUUGCGAUGUGGUUUGAAGGUGGUUUGAGGAGUCUUGAUACCGUAAAAACCAUCUUGUAAGGUAAAUAAAUAGGUAAAAUCCAGCCUUUCUAGAUGCAAGACUAUCAAAAACUUUUUUUCUCUAUAAAGUUAUCAUCUGAUAUAGUUUUCUAUUUCAAGGACUAUAAUAGUUCAAGGUCUAGUAGUUUUACAUGCGACAUAUGCCCAAAAAUAAAGUUAACUUCCACCCUGAAAAGUUUGACUUUUAGUAAACUUGGGUAAGAAAUUCCAAGCUCUAGGAAGGGGUAACAGUGAGCCGCCCUCUGUUCACGCCACAUCUUUUCCUUUGACUUCCAUGCAAGGUCUCCUCUCCCUUGCCUGGGGAACCACAGCAAGGUGGCACAUCUACAGAAGGAAGCCAGGCUCAUCUUGGCCAUGUCUAGUAAGAGCUGCUAACUUUGAUUAAUGGGUUUUUUUUUUUCCAGAGUUGAGAGCAAUUUUUGUUUGUGAGGAUAAAGAUCUCUAACUCAGAGUAGAGUAAUACAGUUCAGAAAAGGUGACUUCUCAGAGGUCAUGUAUGUUUUUAUAUAUUGCUUGACAUCACAUUCAAGGGCAAAUCCCACUCCCCAGGUGUAUACAUAGGAAAUUGCAGACCAGUUAUCCUGAUCUCAGCUUGACCGAAAUGCCUUUUGUGACUAGGUUUCCAGAAAAGCCCCAAUGAUGUAUUCCCAUAGGUUUUUUUUUUUUCUAAUUGUUUACGCCGGUUAUUAACCAAAAAAGAAAAAAAAAAAAAGAUUCAGAGUGAAUGGGAUACAGCUCUGAAUAUUUUUCUAGUCUGGAAUUUUUUUUUUUAUUAUUAUUAAUUGGUGCUGCCAGGUCAUGCAUGCUGCAACUCAACAUUUCCCUUGUUUGGUUUCGCUUUUUGCAAGAAGGGCUGCGGUUCCCACUGCAGAGUAAGUAUUAAGCUUUCUGGGGUUUUUUGUUUUUUUUUUCUAACUGUAGCCCAAAAGAAUUAAAAUCUUUUAA